AUGCUCCUAAACCACUACUAGGAAUGAAGUUUAAUAGUCAUGAAGAAGCUUAUAACUAUUAUAACUCUUAUGCAUUGUUGAUGGGUUUUGGAAUAAGGAAGAGUACUGUGAAUUACUCUCGCAAGACUAGAGAAGUGGUAGACAGAAAGUUUGUUUAUGAUAAGGAGGGCUAUAAACCUAAUAGUGGCAAGAUAGAGAUCCCUCUUCGGCGAGAAACCCGAGUGGGAUGUAAGGCAAUGAUGCGAGUUAAAUUAUUAGAGGACAAAUCGUGGGAGAUCACGGGGUUUGUUGAAGAACAUACAAAGUCAUAUCUCAUGAUUAAUUUGUCAUAUAAUUUGCAGCUAAACAUAUGCACGGGUGGUGGAUGUAUUGGUUUGUUCACAAAGUCAUAUCUCAUGAUUAAUCGCUACCACUAACACAGGAAAGAGCACAAUCAGCUCAGGUUCAUCCACAACUCUGCCUUGGCUCCUCAAGCAAUCCAUGAGCAGAACUGAUUCAAGUGAUGCGCAUUUUGUACAAGACCUCUCAUCACUGUCUCGUAGCUGCUGAUUGUGUCUUGUAGCUGCUAAUGUA